AUGGCAUUCGGGGCAAAGGCACGAGUGUGGCUGGCAGGGCCCUGGCCGUCCCCGGGCAGGGCACGCGCAUCGGGCGCCGGAGCCGCUCCGGCCCCCAAGACGGUGCUGCCCUUCGAAGCCAUACCGCGCUGUCCCGGCAACAGGUGGAUGAGGUUGCUGCAGAUCUGGAAGGAGCGGCGCCUGGAGAACCUUCACCUGGAGGUGCACCAGCUCUUCCAGGAGCUGGGGCCCAUUUUCAGGUAUGACGUGGGAGGGACACGCAUGGUGCUCCUGAUGCUGCCCGAGGAUGUGCAGAGGCUACAGCAAGUGGACGGCCAUCAACCGUGGCGGCCGCCCCUGGACCCCUGGCUGGCCUACCGAGAGCAUCGCGGGCACAAAUGUGGCGUGUUCUUGCUAAACGGGCCCGAAUGGCGCAUGAACCGACUGAAGCUGAACCCAGACAUGCUGUCGCCUCAGGCCGUCCAGAAGUACCUGCCCAUGGUGGACUGGGUGGCAAGGGAUUUCUCGAAGGCCCUGAAGUCGAGAGUGCUGCAGAAUGCCCGGGGGAGUCUGACCAUGGACAUGCAGCCCAGCAUCCUCUACUACACCAUAGAAGCCAGCAAUCUAGCCCUUUUUGGAGAGCGGCUGGGCCUCCUUGGCCACAGCCCAAGUCCUGCCAGCCUGAACUUUCUCCGGGCUUUGAAGGCCAUGUUAAAGUCUACCGUGCAGCUCAUGUUCAUGCCCAGGGCCCUAUCACGCUGGACAAGCACCCAGCUGUGGAAGGAGCACUUUGAGUCCUGGGACUACAUCUUCCAGUAUGCCAACAAUGCCAUCCAGAAAAUCUACCAGGAGCUGGCCCUCAGCCGCCCGGAGCACUACAGCGGCAUCGUGGGGGAGCUGCUGACGCACGCGGACCUGAGCCUCGAGGCCAUCCGGGCCAACUCCAUCGAGCUCACCACCGGGAGCGUGGACACGACGGCCUACCCCCUGUUGAUGACUCUCUUUGAGCUGGCUCGAAACCCUGAAGUGCAGCGGGCCCUACGCCAGGAGAGCCUGGGGGCCGAGGCCAGGAUCUCGCAGGAUCCCCAGAGCGCAACCUCGGAGCUGCCCCUGCUGCGGGCGGCCCUCAAGGAGACCUUGAGGCUGUACCCCGUGGGGAUGUCCGUGGACCGAAAGGUGGCCUCGGACGUGGUGCUGCAGAACUACCACAUCCCGGCAGGGACAUUGGUCAAGGUGCAACUCUACUCCCUGGGUCGAAACCCCUCUGUGUUUGAGAGGCCCGAGUGCUACCAUCCCCAGCGCUGGCUGGACAACAGGGGCUCUGGCACCAGAUACCCACACCUAGCCUUCGGCUUUGGUCUGCGCCAGUGCCUGGGGCGGCGCCUGGCAGAGACAGAGAUGCUGCUGUUGCUGCACCACGUGCUGAAAAGCUUCCUGGUGGAGACGCUCAGGCAGGAGGAUGUAAAGAUGACCUACCAGUUCGUGUUCGUGCCCUCCACCCGCCCCCUCCUCACCUUCCGGGCCAUCAACUAGUCACGUCACCGCGCCGUCGGGCCAGCGGUGCCGCCAGCCCCCUUCGGCCUGCCCCCGGCCACCCUUGUUUUCUCCCACGGACCCUGCUUCUGGAGCCACAGCACUGUCCAGCCGGCGCCUCGCACCGAGGGGCAGGGGGAUGAAUCUGGCCGCAGGUCCUGCCUGUGAGCCCAGUGCCACCAGCGCCUUCUCCAGCCAGGAGCACCAUCGGAGGGCCUUGGCCCCCCGUCGCCCCCAACACUAGCUCCAGGGGCUUCAGAUCCGCCCCCACCCCCACCUGCCUGUCCAAUCUCAUAUCCCCUCUGUCCUCAACCCGCCCCCACGCAGAACAGACAGGUUGGCGCCCCUGUCCUGCUCACCGCCACUCCAAAGGCCAGACUCUUUGUCUGCAUUGGUCUUGCCAGCCUAGGCCUUGAAGCUGGGCCGUGAGUCGUCCCCCUACCUGCUCUGCUCAGUCCACCUGGGCUCCUCCCGGCCCUGCCAGUGCUCUGGGACUGUGACUGAAGCACCCAGCCGAGGGCCUGGGUAAGCAGGUCAGGAGUAUUGUUUCUUACAAUAGCCACCGAGGAGCUGAGGUGGACAUCUGGGCCCAUGAGACUCCUCUGAAAGCAGGGAGGGUGGUGAUCUCCUCUGGCGGGCUGCAGGGUGACAACAGAGAAGCCACCUCAGCCAGGCACAGCCACACGCUCCCUUCAACGAAGCCGUCUGUGUGCCGUGCCCGGCUGGCCUCCCACAGUGGCCCUCAGGACAAGGGCCACCCCUGACCUCAUGGGAGGAAGGGGUUUUGGACAGCUGUGAGGUGGCUGGGAUCUCCUAGAUGGCAGGAGCGAGCAGCCUGUCCCACGCUGCCUGCAGCCAGGUGACACCUCCGGCGUGGAAAGGGGCCGGGAGGCAAGGGUGAGUGGUGGGGUGGCUCUGCUCCCCCUCCUUCCCCACCCCCACCUCACUGGGGGAGAACUGGGCACUCAGCUCACAGCAAAGCA